UAAAAUGUACGAAAAUUCGGGGAAUACGACCGACCAGGAGAAGUUUUUGGAUCAGUCGAUUCGGGUUGUGAAAGCUGAGUCAUUUGAGAUGAAGAGAUGUCUCGAUAAGGGAAAAACCAUGGAUGCAUUGAAACAUGCUCUUCAGAUGCUCAAUGAGAUGAGAACCGCCGAAUUAUCUCCAAAGUUCUAUUACAGAUUAUACAUGGAUUCAAUGCACGAGUUGCAGUGCCUCGAAGUAAAUCUCGUUCAAGAAUACGCUCAAGAACCUGCUAAACUUGGAAACUUAUACGAAUGUGUGCAAUAUGCUUCAGCGAUUAUUCCAAGAUUGUAUCUUCUUGUGACGAUUGGUGGUGUAUUCAUCAAAUGUGGACUAGGAUCCCGCAAAGAAAUCCUCAAAGAUCUUGUCGAAAUGUGUCGCGGAGUUCAACACCCUCUCCGAGGGCUCUUUCUCCGAAAUUAUUUGAUGCAGUGCACACGAUCAGUUCUACCGGAUUUCCCCGAAACAGAAGAAAUGCUCGUCGCUCAUAAUGAUAAUCUCUCAAAAGGCACGCCAAAACUGAAGCCGAGAGAUGGAACAGUAGACGAUACUAUCGAUUUUGUCCUCAUCAAUUUUGCUGAGAUGAACAAACUUUGGGUCAGAAUGCAGCAUCAGGGACCAUCGAAAGAGAAAGAAAAACGGGAAAAGGACAGAAUGGAACUUCGAAUUCUUGUUGGAACAAAUCUAGUUCGACUUGCUCAGCUUGAAGCACUCACUGAAGAAAUGUAUGUGAAAGAUGUUCUUCCGAGCAUUUUAGAGCAAAUUGUUUCGUGCCGAGACCCGAUAUCUCAAGAGUAUCUAAUGGAAUGUGUUAUUCAAGUAUUUGCCGACGACUUUCAUUUGGCAACAUUAACCGAGUUUUUGAAUGCAUGCGGACAACUACAACAAGAUGUUAAUAUCAAGAUUCUUCUGAUUGCUCUCGUUGAUCGUCUUGCUCUCUACACAACAUCUUACAACGAAGGACAACCAGCUCCCACAAAAAUGCAGCUAUUCGAAAUUUUCAGUGAGCAAGCAACGACACUCAUUAAAAAUCGGCCUGAUAUGCCUUUGGAUGAUAUCGUUGCACUUCAUGUUUCGCUGGUUUCACUCGCAGUUAAAUGUUAUCCUGAUCGACAGGAUUAUGCUAACAUGACUUUCCAAGGAUUGAGACAAGUGAUCGAGGAAAAGGGGGUCACAGACAUCGAAGCGUUCGGAAAAGUUGGUCGAGAGCUAACAAAACUUCUGAAUAUUCCAAUAGAUGAAUACAAAAACGUGCUCAGACUUUCCCAACUUCCCGAAUACAUCAAAGUUAUGAACUAUUUCGAUUAUCGAGGACAGUGCAAUAUUGCUUCCUAUAUGAUUCAAAAUAUGCUCGAAGAAGAAACCGUUUUCCGUAAUCAAGAUGACGUCGACUCAGCGUUCUCACUUAUUUCAUCUUUACUCAAAGAUCAGGAGAAACAAUCAAGUGAUUCACAUGAGACCGAAGAAUUUGCCGAUGAGCAAAAUCUUGUAGCUAGAUUGCUACAUUUAAUCAGAGCGGAUGAUGUUGAUUCGCAAUUUUUGCUUCUCAACAGUGCCCGUAAAACUCUGGGUGAAGGUGGCCGCCAUCGUCUCCGAUACACGCUUCCUCCUAUAAUUUUUGAACUCUAUCGCUUGGUUCUGCAAUUUUCAGACAUGAAAGAUGAAGAUGACAAGUGGGAUGCAAAGAUUAGAAAAAUGUUCGUUUGUGCAAUGGGAACCAUCGGAGCACUUGUAUCGACAGCUGAAUUAGCAGAACUUCCAAUGAAGUUGUAUCUUAAUGGUGCAAUCACUGCCGAUCGUGUUCCUUUCGAAGAUAAUCACACAGUAGUCUAUGAAUUUGUAUCGAAAGCAUUGUCUAUUUUGGAAGAUGAUGUAGUUGACUCUCGUGAUCGUGUUAGAUGUCUUCAUUUGACUGUAGGAACUCUGCUCAAAACUACUCACUUACCGGAAGAAAAUUGGCAACCACUGGCAAACCAGACAGUUCUUGCAGCUGCUAAAAUGUUCAAAAAACCGGAUCAAGUAAGAUCAUUGGUUACUGUAGCUGCGCUGUACUGGCAUGGACAAACCUUGGAAACAAACGGCGAAAAAAUGAAGAAUGGGAAGAAGGUUGUGGAUAUUCUGAGAAAAGCAGCAAAAAUUGCACGAGAAUGCCUAGAACCAUUAGUGCAACAACAGUUAUUCAUUCAGUUGCUUUCAGCUUACACAUACUAUUAUGAAGAUAAUUGUUCAGAGGUUAAUGUCGAUCACAUUGAAGAGCUUAUCGCACGAACUCAGGAUAAUGCGGUGCAGCUUGAUGUAUCAGCCGAAGCCGAUAGUCUUGAAAAGCAGCUUGGUGAAGCGAUUAGGCGACUUCAGCUUGCGAAACUUGACGUGGCAGCUGCUCAGGCGACAACAAUUCGUUCAGAACCUGAACUUCCGCAACCUCCGUCUUAAAAUGAGGGACUCUAGACAAAAAUUAAUUUAUGCAUACAUUUCCUUUCCUCUUUCUUCUCUAUCUCAUUUUCAAAUGUAAUUAUUUUUUUUUAAAAUUAUGUUACCGCCCAUUCUAAAUUUGUGAUAGAUUUCCUUUAUUGAAGAUGUCUCUAAAUAUGCAAUUGUGAUCAGAGCCCCCCACCUUUCCCGUCAGAAUAUUACCCAAAUUUUCCGGUUUCUCAAAUAUUUAAAUAUAUACUAUACAUUGUGUGCAUCCACCUUGCCAUAUCUCUCAUCCAUCAUACCCCGUUCUAUAAUAUUUUGAAUUUUCCUUACAAUUAUUCGACGAUUUUGAGUUUUUAAUGGCGCUAUAACUUGGGUUCUCAUCACCACUUUGUGCACUUAUGUUGAAUGAUUACCCUUCCAAAACAUGAAAGUUAUAUUGUACUAUUUAAAGUUUAACCGCACCCCGUUACAAAUCUUUUGCGUAUUUUUAUAUUUAUUGUCAAAAAUCCAAUGAACACUUGACACA